GUGGAAUCUACGGUCUCAUUAUCAACGGCAGUACUCAAUUGACCUCACCGCAGCCGAGAAAGGUUUCAACCGUACACUCUACCUACCCUUUCAACCCCCGAAGUCUGCAAUUUCACCAAAACCCCCACCAUACAAUCCACCAUGACCUCCCCGGUUCGCAUCACAGUCCUCAUAUCCGGCAAUGGUUCAAACCUGCAAGCCGUAAUCGAUAAAGUGGCCGCAGGCCAGUUAAACGCAACAAUCGUCCGCGUAAUCUCCAACCGCAAAACCGCAUUUGGCCUCGAACGCGCAAGCAAGGCCAACAUCCCAACCGAAUACCACAACCUUGUCAAGUACAAGAAGCAGCACCCCGCGACGCCGGAAGGUGUUCAGCUUGCGCGCGAGGAAUACGAUGCUGAGCUCGCGAGGCUGAUCCUUGCCGACGCGCCGGAGCUAGUCGUGUGUCUCGGCUUCAUGCACAUUCUCUCGCCACAGUUCUUGGAGCCUCUGGAGGCUGCUAAGACGAGGAUUAUUAACUUGCACCCCGCGAUGCCGGGGGCAUUCAAUGGCGUUAAUGCGAUUGACCGUGCUCAUGCUGCGUGGUUGGAAGGCAAGAUUGACAAGACCGGCGUUAUGAUGCACGAUGUCAUUUCUGAGGUGGAUAUGGGCACACCAAUUCUGGUGCGGGAGAUCCCUUUCCGGAAGGGCCAGGACGAGAACCUCGAGACCUUUGAAACUCGGGUCCAUGAAAUCGAGUGGGAAGUCGUCGUUGAAGGAGUGGAUAAAGUGGUGAAGGAAUUGAUGGCCCAGAAACAAAAAGGCUCAAGUGCAUGAAUACCCAUUUGUCUUAGAUGACAUUACUCCGCAUAGUUGACGAAGGACCGCCGCGCUUCUCGAUCUGCGUUUCGUUUGGCCAAUGAUCGACCCAAGGCUACAAAUCCCGAAUGAUGCCAUCGUCGGAGCUGUUGACGAUUUAUGACUAUAUACUCCGUAUAAAACAAAAAGACAUAUAUGAUCAUAUUCCGUGCUGGUGUAUAAGUGCCAAUUUCGAGAUCAGAGCCGUGGCCGGCGUGGAUUGAGACCAGACCAAACCUUUUGCCAGAGGCAAGCCAAGAAUGUGCCUAAAGUGGCAUGAAGCUAUCCAUGGAUUGGGAAGGCGUGACUUCUCCACCCACGAGUAUAAACCCUCCCUCAAUUUUCUCUUCUUCAAAAAGCUCGCCCAGCAAGCAAAAAAGGCCAGAGAAAUCCAUCAAGUUUCGAAAUUGGCCGCAACUACCGCAGAAGAAAAC